UUCAAAUCCCUAUCUUUACCAGCCGGUUUGUUUUGAUUCUUCUUCUACGUUCUUUUUUUUUUUGAACCAAAAUUAAAUUUAACUCUGUUUAUAUCAAUCAAUUUCCUAAAAAAAUCACAUUGGAAAUUACUUAGAAUUAUUAUCAAUAAUUCAUUUCAAUUUGGGGUACAACCUGACCUUUUGUAUUCUGAUGAUCGCCAAAUUAGCUCUCUACAAUAAGAAGGAGUUCGCUGGAUAGCCAAAUAUAUAUAUAUAUCUUACAUUCGUCGUUGUUUUUCCAAACAAAAUCAAAAUGAGACGAGCCCAGAAAUUAAAAAUCCAAGUCAUACAAAAGGAGCAAAUGCAAUUGGUUAAAAUAGAAAAGACGCUGGAAGAGCUAUUGGGAAACAUCAAUGAAUCAAUUAACACCUUGAAGGUGGAAGAAUUACAAUUGAAAUCCAAUUUAGUUGAGCUCUACACCUCCUCUCGUGAAAAUGGGAAUCCUACAACAUCGUCGCAGGCCCUUGCAACAACUAAAAUUGACACCCCAUCAGCUAUAUUUUCAACUUUACCCAUUGAUUCCAUGUCGGAACAGGUUGCCAUAGACGAUGGUAUCAAUAAGCAAUUAUUGGAUUUGGAAUCGUUGUUAGUGCCUAUGAAAAGAAAAGCUGUAGCAGACAGUGAAGAAGAGGAGGAGGAAGAAGAUGACACUGAUACCGAAGAGGAUAUGGAGGAUGAAGAAUUUGUGAUGGAAUAAUUUGGAAAUGUAUGUAGAAAUAUACAUAUUUUUGUGUAUAUAUAAGAGGGUGGCAAUGAAGACACUGACUCCGAAGAAAUUAUGGACGAUGAAGAAUUUGUGGUGGAAUAAUUUAGAAAAGUUUGCAUAUAAAAGUACAUAAAGCCUAAAUUGAAAAAUUGGCGCUUAGAUUGCGAAGGGCAUAUUGAGAACCGUUUUGAAAAUGGAACCACAUACAGUCCUUGCACAUACCGAAGCCCAAAUUUCUCAAUUCAUGGGCUUCUAAACUCCGAAAAUAGACCCUUUUUUCUCAUUGCUUCUAAGG